AUGUCGCCGCUGCACCUCAACACGGCCGGCCCUAUCUCGGAACUCAUCGCACAGCACGGCAUCGCUUGGCCGGCCAGGGCACCGUCGUACGAAUCGCUCAUCGUGCAGCUCACCCGAAUCUCGAACGCCGUGUCGCCCGCCGGCGAGUGGGCGUCAGGCAUCGAAACCGGCUUCUCGGAGGACGACUGCGCUCGACGGUCGGCGAACCAGCGCAAGGUGCUCUCGCAGGUCCUGACAGCUCUCGAGUGCGGCGUGCGAGACUGGGCGGAGAGGGCGCAGCAGCCGUUCCCCGCCAACAGGCUCGUGCGUCGCCUUCUCUCGAGGUCCGAGCGAGCGAGCGAGCGCGACGACGACGCUCACGACCCUCGUCUCCCGCAGCCGCAGACGGCGACCGUCCUCCUCGACAUCGUCGAAAUGCUCGUGCUGCGCCAACGCGGCGCUCAAGGUCUCGCCGACAGCGUCCUGUUCCACCUCGGCGGCCCAGACAUCUCGGAGCGGACGGCACGCCGGUACGGGACGACGAGACGGGCGUGGCUCGCGAGGCAGGAGGGUCUGGUGUAG